AUGGCGCUCCCCGAAUGCAUUCAGCUUUCACUGACCAAGUGUUUCGUCGCCCUCGCUUCUGAGCGCGCAGGUUGCGAAACUAACACCGACUGCACCUCUCCGGAGAUAUGCUGUCCGGUGAAGAAGGUCUGCGAGUUACCCUUGCCCACCGACCCCACGGCUUGCGGUGACCCGCACAUGACCGGUUUCCACGGCCAGAAGUUCGACUUCACCGGCGACGAUGGAGAAUGGUACUGCCUAAUCUCGGACCUGCCGUCCAUGAACCUCAACAUGCGUGUGACGGCGCCGGUCCCUUCCAGACCGGACAUCACCUACAUCACCGGUAUCUCCCUCAUCACUCAGGAUGGAAAUGGCCUCGACCACAGCGUCGUCAUCACGGUCAAGGACCCGCACAGCCUGGAAAGUAGCUGCCCGGCCGGAGUGACCCCCUGCCUCGCGAACGGUGCGUUGAGCGUAUCUCUCGAUGGAAAAGAGGCCCUAUCCGCCCCCGGCGUGGUCGAGAUGGCUCCGAACAUGAAGGUCUCUGUGGUCAACCUUCCGGGCGCCUGCCGAUCGUUCGGGUUCGAGAAGUACUGGGAGCGGAAGAAGCUCGAGUACGCGCAGGCGGGCGGUCGCAGGUUGUCUAGUAAAGAUCAGGACAUGGGCGACUGGAUCCUCGGGGACCCCACCGCGACCAACAUGGCGGAGUGCACGGAGUACGUAGCUCGUCACGUAGUGGAGGGAGGGGAUGGGGGCUUGUUCGCCCACAAGUCCGAGCACGCUUCCUUCCAGAUCGUCAUGCCGAUCGCCACCGUCCGUCUCAGCCACGGACGGCUUCACCAGAUCGCACAAUACGGCCUGCCGGACCACUCAACUUGGCAGAUGAAUCUGGCCAUUGAUAGCGAUAGCGUCGGCGUCGGCGCACAGGGCGUCCUGGGAGAGACACUGGUACCGACUCGUGACGCUGACGGGGAGUAUGUCAUGCACGGUAUGGAGUCCAUUCGCGGGACCCAGGAAGAAUGUGAGUUGGCGCACAACGGUAUCGUUCGGCGGUGGAUGGGCAGCGGCAACAUUGAAGCCCCGCAAGCACGUCGGUUUGUCGAAGUGUCAGACCUCUACGAGUAUGAGAGAAGGAGAGGGCAGUCCACGUGCCAGGUUCAAAACAAUGAUGUGUUAUUCAAAUCCCUUUCGCAUGCCUGA